UCGACAGAAGGAGCAGAGGCAGAGCGAGACAGGGUGUUUAAGAUAACCCUACCUUUCAUAAAGAUAUCUGGUACUGGCUGGGGACAGAACAGCUGAAAAACAAGCAAAUGGUCCACCCAAACUUUGUAACUUAGGGGAAACUGACUGCAAGAGGGCAUCACUGUUAAGCCUGGCUCUGACGUCACAAUUCAGAAAACCCUUUGGGGACACCUUCUGCCACCAGAAGACCCUCUACAAAUAGUCGGCUCUCACAUUUCAUUAGACGGUGCCCACUCCAGGGUUUCGGGGUUCAAACUGAACCAUCUCGCCCUCAGACCAAGCUGAAGACCUCUUGCAACUUUUUAAGCCCCAUUUUGUUCACUCCCAAGUGUACAACUAUCAAGGAGGUGGUUUAGCCGUCGAAGAUACCCUGCCUCUCACUGUGUGUCCUUUCACAAGAAAAAUGGGGCUUCAAGGUUCUAAAAUGUUGACCUACUGAUUAAGAGGUUCCAGUACUGUCGAUCACAGUAUGAUGGAGGGGAGCAGGCAGACGAGAGUGUCCCGUCCUUACAAGAUAAGUGAAUCAUCAAAGGUGUACAGAUGGGCCGACCACCCCGGCACCGUCCUGCAGAGGCUGAACGAGCAGAGGCACCGGGGCCUCUUCUGCGACGUGGUCCUGGUCGCCGACGAGCAGCGGGUCCCCGCCCACCGCAACCUGCUGGCCGUGUGCAGCGACUAUUUCAACUCGAUGUUCACCAUCGGCAUGCGCGAGGCCCACCAGGAGGAGGUGGAGCUGAUCGGGACCUCGUACGUCGGCCUCAAGGCCGCGGUGGACUUCCUGUACGGCGGCGAGCUCCCCCUGGACGGCGGCAACAUCGACUACGUCUUGGAGACCGCCCACCUGCUGCAGCUCUGGAAGGCGGUCGACUUCUGCUGCGAGUACCUGGAGAACGAGGUGAGCGAGGAGAACUACCUCUACCUCCAGGAGCUGGCCUCCAUUUACAGCCUGAAGCGGCUGGACUCCUUCAUCGACCGCUUCGUCCUGCGCCGCUUCGGCACGCUCUCCUUCAGCCCGGACUUCCUGCAGAGCCUCUCGGUCCAGAAGCUGUGCCAGUACCUCGGCAGCAGCCGCGUGCAGCAGGAGUGCGAGCACGACCUGCUGCAGGCCGCCUUGCAGUGGCUGACCCAGCGCCCCGAGAGGGAGGCGGACGCCUCCCGGGUCCUGGGGAACAUCCGCUUCCCGCUGAUUCCCAGGGGCGACCUCCUCCUCCGGGUCAAGCCGGCCGUCUGCUCCCUGCUCCCCGGGGAGGCGGACUGCGAGGGGCUCAUCGAGGAGGCGCUGAGCUACCACGCCGCCGUCGCCGCCCAGCCCGUGCUGCAGAGCAGGCGGACCGCGCUCCGCACGGACGAGGAGCGGCUCCUGUUCGUGGGAGGGGAGAUCUCGGAGCGGGCCCUGGAGCUCAGCGACGACACCUGCUUUCUGGACACCCAGGGGGCCCAGUGGGUCACGGAAACGCCCCUCCCAGCCCGGCGGAGCCACCACUGCGUCGCCGUGCUCGGGGGCUUCAUCUUCGUGGCUGGUGGCAGCUUCUCGAGAGACAAUGGAGGGGACGCGGCGUCGGAUAUCCUCUAUAGGUACGAUCCCCGCUGUACCCAGUGGAUAAAGGUGGCCUCCAUGAAUCAGCACAGAGUGGAUUUCUACCUUGCGUCCAUUGUAGACAAGCUGGUCGCUAUCGGCGGAAGGAAUGAGAAUGGAGCGCUUUCUUCGGUGGAGACCUACAGCCCUAUAAGUGAUUCCUGGUCCUAUGUAGCAGGCUUGCCAAGAUUUACUUAUGGUCACGCUGGCACUGUCUACAAGGAAUGCAUCUAUAUAUCGGGAGGACACGAUUAUCAGAUCGGUCCUUACAGGAAAAACCUCCUCUGCUAUGACCACCGCAAGGACGUUUGGGAAGAAAAGAGACCCAUGAUUACUGCCCGGGGAUGGCAUAGUAUGUGCAGCUGGGGGGACAGCAUCUACUCCAUCGGCGGCAGUGACGAUAACAUCGAAUCCAUGGAGCGCUUUGACAUUCUGAGCGUGGAGUCCUACAGCCCUCAGUGCAAUCAGUGGACCAGAUGUGCGCCCUUGUUGCAGGCCAACAGCGAGUCUGGUGUAGCAGUCUGGGAAGGGAAGAUUUAUAUCCUGGGGGGGUACAGCUGGGAAAACACGACCUUCUCCAAAACGGUGCAGAUUUACGACCCGGAGAAGAAUAAGUGGUGCAGGGGGACGGACCUUCCCAAGGCUAUCGCGGGAGUGUCCGCGUGCGUUUGUGCGUUGAAGCCCAGGCCUGAAGAGAAAAAGAAAAAGAUUAAAACAAAGAAGCAUCAGGACCGAGGCCGAUGACUCGGUGGGGAUAGCCCCGUCUCGGGGAGGGAUAAAGCAACAGCUUUUUAAUAUUUCUUGGUUUAAAAAAAAAUGAAAGGAAAACAGUGGGAAUUUGUGAAACUUAAGGAAGUGUGCUGUGCAUGUAUUCUUGGGGAUCCUGGCAAGGAAAGUGCUAUUUUAACUCGGUGAGGUGGAGAUGAAUAUUCGGUAAUCCUGUUGUACAUUUCGCUACAGUUUAUUACAUAGCUGGUGCCUGACAGUGCCACCGGGUAAAUAUUACACAGACUGCUGAAUAUCUUUAACUUAGUUAACAAGUAAAUAGGAGACAGAG